UAAAAGGGAAGAGCAGAGUGAAAGGUGAUGUUUGGGGGACAAGGAGAGUGAGACUUAAAGCCUGCAUAAUGACAGUGUAUGUGUCAGUGGUGAUUGUGGGUGCUGUGGUCAUGCUUACAUUGUUAUGGAUCCUGCUGAUCUACCUCCCUGGAAAAGGAGACAAAGUUACACAGGGAGAACCCAGUGGAUGUCAGUCAGCAGCUGUUGGGUCUAGACUUCUGCACUCUUUCUAUCAGUUCUUUCCCUGUUCUCUCUCCCUCUCUCCCUGGCCCUCUCUCUCUCCCUCUGCUGGGCAACAUGCUGGAGCUGGCACACGACCACCUGCCCAGUCACCUGACCUCCCUGGCACGUCGCUAUGGCAACAUCUACCGCCUCAAGUGUGGCAACACCACCAUGGUGGUAUUAAACAGUGGUGACAUCAUCAGAGAAGCCUUGGUGAAGAAAUGGUCUGACUUUGCUGGGAGACCACAUUCUUACACCGGAGACGUGGUGUCAGGGGGAGGCCGCUCCAUCUCUCUGGGGGACUACAGUGAGGAGUGGAGGGCCCAUCGCCGUCUGGCCCAUAAUGCACUGCAGCGCUGCACCCAGCAGUCGCUCCACGGGGUCAUCCAGAAACAGGCCCUCCAGCUGAGACAAGUGCUACUGGACUAUAAUGGCAGAGCUGCGGACCUCUCUGGGGAUUUCACUGUAGCAGCCAGUAACGUCAUCACCACACUGGCCUUUGGGAAAGAGUAUGAGAAGAGUUCUGCAGAGCUGCAGAGACUGCAUGGCUGUCUUAAUGAGAUCGUGUCUCUAUGGGGCUCUCCCUGGAUCUCUGCUCUGGACUCCUUCCCACUGCUCAGGAAAUUGCCCAAUCCUCCGUUCUCCCGUCUUCUGAAAGAGGUGGCCAGGAGAGAUGAAAUCAUCAAAACACAUCUGGAUGAGUACAGGAUGCAGGCACCGAGCAAAACAUCUGAGGACGCCAUUGCCAUCACAGGCGCUCUCCUCAACGGCCAUGGGAAGCCCCAGGACACAACACAGGGUGUGGUCCUGACAGACACUCACGUCCACAUGGCCACUGUGGACCUUCUGAUCGGGGGAACGGAGACAACAGCUGCCUGGCUCAGCUGGACUGUGGCCUUCCUACUGCACAGGCCUGAGGUGCAGUACAGAGUGUAUGAUGAGUUGUGUUCGGUGCUGGACGGGCGCUACCCUCAGUACAGUGACAGACACAGGCUGCCAGUGCUGUGUGCUGUGAUCAGUGAGGUGCUCAGACUCAGACCUGUGGCUCCGCUAGCCGUGCCUCACAGAGCCAUCAGAGACAGCAGUAUUGCAGGCUACUUCAUCCCUAAGAACACUGUCAUCAUCCCCAAUUUGUUUGGGGCGCAUCAUGACCCUGCAGUGUGGACGGAUCCCUAUGCCUUCAAACCAGAGCGGUUCCUGGAGGGUGGGGGGGCCUCCACGCGUGCUCUCCUGCCUUUCGGAGGGGGCGCUCGGCUGUGUUUGGGGGAGGCCGUGGCCAAAAUGGAAUUGUUUCUGUUCACCGCCUACUUGUUGCGUGAUUUCCAGUUCGUACCUGCUGAAAGCCGGGCCUCUCUGCCAGACCUGACAGGAGUAGCCAGUGUGGUACUCAAAGCCAAGGCCUACACAGUCAUAGCACGGCCCAGACCAGGGCCUUGACCUCUCCGAGUUUGUUCAUGUACAGUGAUCACAUUAUAUUUGUAUCAAUCAUUAGGCUCUAGAGGAAGUAUCCCUGUGAGAGAAGGCAUAUAUUGUAUAGUAUUGUGCAGUAAUGGUGAAGGAAUUGGAAUGUAUAGAAUAAUAUUUUCCAUUUCUAAUAAAUACUUCCUCUUUUAACAACGAA